UGUGUACGAAUGCAACAAAAAAAUUGUAUCCGUUACGAAUUCAUUGAACAUUUUUUUAUUUUUCUCGUCGAAAUGAACGAAUGACAAACAAAAUGGAUUUUCGCAACUCGAAUCGUUUGAACAUUUUUGUAAACGUGUUAUCGGGGAAUUUUUUGCCGAUGACGAGUAAGAAAACGAAAUUACCGAUCCUUUUCAAAAUCUAUUCGAUCAUCGUUUGGUUGAUAGAAUUAGUGUACUUCACUGCUUGUAUUUUCGGGCUGUUUUGCGUCCCAAGGGAGAAAGCGUUGAAGGACGGCACGGUAAACCUAAUUGUCUUGCUUGAAAUAAUAGUGUUAUCAGUUUACUUGCACAGUCGUAAGAAUUUGUUGCAUGAAUUAAUUGGAAAGUUGAACCAUCUGAUCGAGGAUAAUGAAAUGCUACGAGACAUCACGCUUAGCAUAGCGAAGCCGAUAGUGAAGUCGUUGACAAUUUAUACAAUUGCCAAUACCACUGCAGUUGUUGUUUGGAUAGCGUUGCCACUUCUUGAAAUUCUUCGGAAAAACGAGUUCUAUUAUUCCGAUUACGGAGUACCAGCCGUUAUAUCCAACGAGCCUUUCUCAACCGGCAUUUUCAUCGGUGGUGUUGCCCUGCAGAUUCUUGGCGCCGCGUAUACGAUAAUCAGAAAAAUUGGUUUGGACUUGUACACGAUGCAUUUCAUUAUUUUAAUGACGGCGCAGUACAAGUAUCUCAGAAUCAAAAUUGCAACGAUAUUCAAACAGGAACCCGAAACUUUGUGCAACAAUAUUGUUAAAAGGAACAUCUCGUCUGGGAAUGAAAGAACGAUCAGCCAUGAAAUGAGAUUGUUAACCCGCCAUUAUGAAACUGUGGUUGAGAUGGCUGUUAUGUUGAGGAAAUUGCUUUCCCCAAAUAUUGGAAUUCUUUAUGUAGAAUACGUUUUCCGGUUCUGCUUUAUAAGUUUUAUGCUUGUGACGACUGUUGGAUUCUUUCCCGAAAAAUGCUUAUUUAUAAUGUAUGCGCUUAGUCUACUGAUACAGUUUUAUAUAUUAUGCUACUCUAUUCAAAAGUUAAUCGAAGCGAGUGAAACUGUAACAGACGAUGUAAUACAUGAGAAGUGGUAUUUCCACGACGUAUCAUUGCAACGGGCAAUUGUUAUGAUGAUUUUGACUAAUAAACUAGAGUGUAAAUUGUCUAGUCUUCAAAGUAUUGACUUAACUUUACCAUCUUUCAUGUCGGUCUUAAAUCAAGCAUAUUCGAUAUGUUUGUUGUUUCUAAAAGCAAGACGAGAAUAAUUCAUUUCCGCAGAACAUGACAUAAU